AUGUAUUUUAAGGCGAACACUAUUAAGGACGAAUUAAAAUUGCCUAUACUAAUCUCGUCAGUGGGUGAUGUCGCGUAUGAAUUGUUAGUGAAUCUUGCGGUACCCAGGAAACCUGCAGAUUUGACGUUUCGAGAAGCCGUUACUUUGUUAAAAGAUCAUUUAAACCCGAAACCGUCAAUUCUUGCAGAACGGUAUAUUUUUCGCCUGAGAAAGCAAAAAAUGAACGAAAAUAUUCAGUGUUAUGUGGCACAAUUAAAAAAACUUUCUCGGUUUUGUGACUUUGGCGCCACAUUAAAUGACAAUCUUAGAGAUCAAUUCGUAUGCGGGCUAAGAGGUGACGCUAUACGGCAACAAUUAUUUGCGAGUGGAGAUAUCACAUUUGAAAAAGCAGUGAAAACAGCAUGCGUAUUGGAGGCGGCGGAACGAGACGCGGCCGCGGUCGAGGCGCCGGACGUGGGCGCGGGUACGAGCGCGGUCCCGUCGUCGGCGGCUACGUGCGUAUCUGAAGCAGCGAGUACUUCACGACGUAGUUCGACAGGCCUGGAUAGUGGUUUGCAUAGGAUGCAAAUUAGUGGCUGUUGGGUAUGCGGAGAUUAUCGGCAUAGGCGGUUAGACUGUAAGUUUAAGAAUGCCAAGUGUAGUCGGUGCGGGCAGAUAGGUCAUUUGAGACGGAUGUGUGGAGGAAAUUCAAUGAUGGCAUCUUUUUCUACGAAGAAGUUAGGUAGCGGGAAAGGAGCAACACGUAAUCGCGGGAAAGGCGACUCGGUUGCGUCGCACGGCGAGCAAACAAAAUGGCGGCCGGGGGCAAUGGCGAAUUCCAGUAAUCGUGGAGUUACUCACACGCAUUGGAUAGAGGACCAGGAGGAGCAUGAGGAACAGGAGGUGGAUGAAGCGAUGUAUCAAAUGUCCCUAAGCCAAUACAAGCAUAAGGAUUUAUUCGAUGGUACUUUGGGGUGCUUCACGGGCGGUCGGGCGACGUUAAAACUGCGAGUCGACGCGGAACCCGUGUUCUGCCGCGCGCGGCCGCUACCGUACGCACUGCGGCCGCGGGUCGACGCCGAGCUGGAUGGCAUGCUGCGCGCCGGCGUCAUCGAGCCCGUCGACACCUCCGACUGGGCUACGCCGUACCCGGUACCCAAAGUUGACGAUUUAUUUUCACGGCUCAGGGGUAGUAAAUAUUUUACUAAGCUCGAUCUUUCUCAAGCUUAUAAUCAAAUUUUACUUGAUGACACUAGAAAUUUGACUGUGAUUAAUACUCACAGGGGUCUCUUUGUGUAUAACCGUUUGGUGUACGGUCUAGCUUCAAGCCCUGGUAUUUUUCAAAGAAUAAUGGUAAAAUUGUUUGAGGGCGUUCCCAAUGUAACCGUUUUUCUUGAUGAUAUAUUAAUACAUAAUUCUUGUCUGGACUCUCAUAUUGAUACGGUAAAUAGGGUCUUGCAAAUCCUUAAAGGUAAUGGAUUGAAAAUAAAGAAACAAAAGUGUGACUUUUUAUGUGAGGAGAUAAAAUAUUUAGGAUUCAUAGUUAGUAGCGAGGGAGUGAGGGUAGACAGUGAAAAAAUCAAACCGAUUUUAGAAAUAUCUCCUCCAUGUAAUGUAUCUGAACUAAAGUCUUUUCUGGGUAUGGUAAAUUUUUACGGAAAAUUUAUAAAAAAUUUGUCUGGAACUUUAUUUCCUCUUUAUGAAUUGUUAAAGAAAGGAAAACACUGGUCAUGGGGCGCAGAACAAGAUGUUGCGUUUAAGACGGUAAAGAGACUUCUUGUAAGUCCUGAAAUAUUAGUUCACUAUGACGAAUCGAAACCGGUCGUAGUGACGUGUGACGCGAGCGGACGCGGCAUCGGUGCUGUGCUCGCGCAGGCGGACGAGCGCGGCCGGGAGCGCGCCGUCGCGUACGCCUCGCGGGCGCUCACGCCGGCCGAGCGGAAUUAUAGCCAAAUACAUCGGGAAGCGUUAGCUAUCGUUUUCGCGGUUAAAAAGUUUCACCAAUAUCUGUACGGUAGACAUUUCAUUUUGCGAACCGAUCACAAGCCUUUAACUAGCAUAUUCGGGGCAGACUCGGGAAUACCUAGUAUGACGGCGAGUCGAUUACAACGUUGGGCGUUAUUGUUAUCGGCAUACGACUUUACUAUCGAGUACAUAAAUACUAAUAAUAAUGGGGCCGAUGCACUAUCGAGAUUGAUGCAAGGCUACAAGGCGUUAAACGCUAAAGAUGUUUGUGAAUAUGAGCCGGAGCAAACUUAUCUACAUUUUGCUUCCGAAGCCCUUUUGCUUAAUUUUGAAACUAUUAGAAAAGAAACCCGGAAAGAUCCUAUUUUGAGUAGAAUUAUGUCGUAUGUUAGGGACGGGUGGCCGAAAGACAUAGAAAUUAAAGAAUUUAAACCUUAUUUUAAUAGGCGCACGGAACUAUAUUACGAAUUAGGAUGUCUAAUGUGGGGUCAUAGGCUGGUAGUACCUAAAACUUGUCGAAACAAGAUUUUAUUAGAAUUGCACGAUAGUCACAUGGGUAUUGUAAAGACUAAAGCUAUAGCUAGAAGUUACGUAUGGUGGCCUGGCAUAGAUGAGGAAAUCGAGGCUUGCUGUCGCGAAUGUGCAGUGUGCGCGGACGCCGGCGAUGCGCCGCCCCGCCACGCCCCGCAGCCCUGGCCCUGGCCUGUUAGACCUUGGACGAGACUACAUAUCGAUUUUUUAGGUCCCAUUGUAGGAAAUAAAUUUUUAGUUAUCAUAGACUCAUCCUCAAAAUGGAUCGAGGUCUGUAAAAUGAAAGAAACCACAGCUUUAGCGGUAAUCACUAACCUCAGAGAAAUUUUUGCUCGUUUCGGCAUUCCGCGUCAGGUUGUUAGUGAUAAUGGACCACCCUUUAGUAGUGUCGAAUUCAAUAACUUUUUGAAUAAUAAUGGAAUUGAACAUUGUUACUCGGCUCCGUAUCACCCAUCUUCGAAUGGGGCGGCCGAGAAUGCAGUUAAAAUAUGUAAAAAAGUAAUUAAAAAAGCUCUGAAACUUCGUAUAGAUAUUGAGUGUGCGUUACAACGUUAUUUAUUAAUGUACAGAAAUACUGAACAUCAUACGACUGGUGAAUGUCCUGCUAAGAUUUUGCUGGGUAGGUCUGUCCGUACGAGGCUUGAUAGAAUAAAACCGUCCCGUGAGAAUUUAGUUUUGAGAGCUCAGCAAUAUCAACAACGCGCAGCGGGUGGUUCGCACCGAACCUUUAACGUAGGAGACACUGUGUGGUAUAGGGCGUAUCAGGGUCAAAGUAAAUGGUUGCAAGGCCGAGUUAAAGAUAUUAUAGGCAGUACCGAUUAUGAAAUUGAGACAACUGAGGGUACCGUAGUUCAUCGACACAUAGACCAAAUGAAACUCAGGUCGUCAUCUCAAAAUUCAGAUACUAAAUCUAAAAAGUGGAACAUAAUAGUUUCAGAAAGUGAUCACACGGCGUACCCUUUCGCGGGAUCGGGGGGCUCGAGUUCGCGUUUUAAUGGAGAGGGCGUGACCGAUGGCACUCAGCUCGGUGAGGGGGGUGAUGGGGUGCCUCAAGGUGCCAACGAUAAUUUUGCAAUGGCUCAAAAUAUACGUCGUUACCCGUUGAGAGUGCGUAAUGCACCGGACCGUUAUGGGUUUGAUUAA